CGCAUGCGCACUUAAGUAUGUUUCAUGCGCAACUAAGGAAUCAGGCUUCAUAUAUCGGGUACGUUACCCACCAGUUUUCAUUUGAUAGACUUGUAUCAAUAAAGAAACAUGGUUGGAACAAAUACCGUAGUGUUGGCAUACGUGCUGGUCGCCAUUCUAUCUGUUUCCAAUGUGGAUGCAGUCUUCAAGUGUUACGUAUGCACAGGGACUACGAGUAGUGACAGCUGUUCGGACCCGUUCACAAAAAGUACCAGUUUGGAAAGUACUUUAGCCAUAUGCCUAGGCUGCAUCAAGACAAAGAUUAAUGGCGUCGUUUCAAGAGAAUGUUCUCCACUUGCUGUUGGCAACUGGUGCACGGGGUCGGGAGACAAUGCAGCCUGUUACUGUGAAAGCGGGCUCUGCAACGGAUCCAGUACCCUCGCUAUUUCCAUGACAACGGUUCUGUGCGCCGCGCUCGCCGUCGUCAUCUCCAAGUUUUAAUAAUCGAAAGUGUCACGGUGUCAAAAGCAUAUUUCAGCAUUUAAUAAUCAUAUUAAAUCUAAUUUAACCUUUAAGAAAUAAGAUUAAUUGUAAUAAAUUUAAUAAAACCCAAAUGAAUGAAGCUAUUUUUUAUAGGGUUUAAAAUAUGAUACAAGAUCAAUUAUUUAAAUACAGUUAUACAUGAAUUGGUGAUAAUAAUAUAGAUAAUAUAGACUAUAAGUAUUUUUACAGUUUUGUUUUUUAAAUAAUCAGAAAUACUUAUAUGCAAUUUUUACAUACUAGAAUACUAUGUGAUUAUAAAUGCACAUUUGGUAAUAAAUAUGAAGAACUUUAACUGAGGUUGUGAGCACAUCAACACAAUCUUUUAAGAUUUUACAAAAGAAUAUAAAUAAUGCCAGUAUGCCUACACUCUCUUUCAGAACAUGAUUCUUGGAAUUUUUAUGGAAAAUGAGUCCUAUCAAUAUAUUACUCAUCGCAAUUAAAAAGACGAUUUAAAUCUUUAAACAAACUAACAAAAUCCCGAAUGUUCCAGGAAUUAAGAGAAGUCUACUUUUAUCACGCGAAUUCCAAGAGAGACGACUAAACAAAAUAGCGAAUUCGCAAAUUGGUUACUUGUAAGAAUAGUCGUACAAUUAACCAAAGCCAAUAUAAUUCAUUGUAACAAAAUAUGUAUUACAAAAUAUACAUCCUUUUUUUAAUUUCAUUUGUGCACAAGUAAUCUUAUCCCUUAUUAACCUACUGGAUCGUUAAAAAUGAUAUGUGUUCUAUGUGCUCAUAAUUCUAUUAUAAUACAAUGAAUUCUUGUGGUAUGAUUUUAACAAUGUCCAUAUAUAUAAAUUACAUCAAUUUUAACCAUGAUGUGUUUGUAUAUCUCUCUGGAAAUAUUAACUCAUAUUUGUGCUACUAACAAAUACAAUGUAAUAUGUGUACGGCAUUCAGCAGGAUGGUCUCGACUUGCACAUACCUAUAGACGAGGUAAAUAAAGUCUACUCUACUGAAAAA